CUCAGAAGCGAGAAAGAGAGAGUUUUCUUCUCUCUCACAGCUUUUGAUUCUCUUUUGCUUUCUGUUGUUUUCUGUUGGCCACAUUUGUGCGUAUACGCGUUGUUCUGCUUCUGUUUUCACUUGAUUUCAGAAGCAGAUAAACUGCAAUUUUUUGAGCAUUUUAUUUUUGAAAGAAAACAACAAAGAGAAAACAGAGCUGCUUGUGAAGGCUUUUUGGUGUACAAAUAUAUUCUUCAGGUUGCUUCUGUGGUUUUCUGUGGUUGGUACAUUGAGAUCUCACCUGGGUUUUUGGUUUUCAUUGACAUGUGUUGUUGAAUUUUGAGACCCUCAUUCAACAUUUCCACCUCUGCCUGCAUUGUUUUGCAUACCAAAACAACCAAACCUUUAUACAUUUGGUCUCUCUCUCUCUCUCUCUCUCUCUCUAUCUCUCUCUCUCUGUUUUUGCUCUGUUUCUAUUGAUAAGAGGGUUCAGAAAUGGAGCGGCUUUCAUCGGCAGCGGUUCUUCCAGACUCGUUUAUAGGCGCAAGAGAUGACAUUUUCAUGCAAUUUGGGAUUUUAUGGGAUAUGAUCAAAGAGCCAUUGAUCAUUCCUCUGCUGAGAAUCGCAGUGGCUAUGUGCUUGGUCAUGUCAGCUAUGAUCUUCGCCGAGAGGCUUUACAUGGGAGUUGUCAUUAUUCUGGUACAUGUUUUCGGUCGAAAACCGGAGAAGCGAUACAAAUGGGAGCCCAUCAAAGAUGAUGUUGAGUUGGGAAGCUCGAACUAUCCCAUGGUUCUGGUCCAAAUCCCAAUGUUCAAUGAAAGAGAGGUUUAUCAGCUUUCAAUCGGAGCUGCUUGUGGGUUAACAUGGCCUACUGAUAGACUCAUCAUUCAAGUCCUUGAUGAUUCAACUGACCCGACUUGCAAGGCAAUGGUGGAACGAGAGUGCCAAAGAUGGGCAGGCAAAGGCAUAAACAUCAAGUACGAAAUCAGAGACAACAGAACUGGGUACAAAUCAGGGGCUCUCAAAGAAGGCCUCAAGCACAGCUACGCCAAAAACUGCGAUUACGUCGCCAUCUUCGACGCCGACUUUCAACCGGAGCCGGAUUUUCUCACUCGCACCAUUCCCUUCUUCGUCCACAACUCCAAUGUCGCUCUAGUUCAGGCUCGCUGGAGAUUCGUGAACAAUAAUGAGUGCUUGAUGACAAGGUUUCAAGAAAUGUCACUGGAUUAUCAUUUUAAAAUUGAACAAGAAGUGGGCUCUUCCACUCAUGCAUUCUUUGGGUUCAAUGGGACUGCUGGUGUGUGGAGAAUUGCCGCUAUCAAUGAGGCAGGAGGUUGGAAGGACCGGACCACGGUGGAAGAUAUGGAUCUGGCUGUUCGAGCGAGCCUGAAAGGCUGGAAAUUUAUAUAUCUUGGUACUCUGCAUGUGAAGAGUGAAUUGCCAAGUACUUUCAAGGCUUUCCGCCACCAACAACACAGGUGGUCUUGUGGUCCAGCUAAUCUAUUCAGGAAAAUGGUGAUGGAAAUUAUAACAAACAAGAAAGUAUCAGUAUGGCAGAAAGUUCAUGUGAUUUACAGCUUCUUCUUCGUUAGGAAGAUCAUUGCACACAUCUUUGCAUUUUUCUUCUAUUGCAUCGUCUUGCCGGCAACUAUUUUGGUGCCUGAAGUUACCGUACCAAAGUGGGGAGGAGUUUACAUCCCAACCAUCAUCACACUUCUUAAUUCAGUUGGCACUCCAAGGUCAAUCCACUUGGUGGUAUUCUGGAUCCUAUUCGAGAAUGUCAUGUCACUACACCGUACAAAGGCUACAAUCAUUGGUAUACUAGAGUGUAGUCGAGUGAAUGAAUGGAUCGUCACUGAAAAGCUUGGAGAUUUUCUCAAAAAUAAAGUAGGAGCUAAAGCACCAAAAAAGUUUCGGUUGAGUAUUGGAGAUAGGCUUCAUUUCUUAGAGCUUGCUGUGGGAUGUUAUCUCUUCUUCUGUGCCUGUUAUGAUUUAAUGUUUGGCAAAGACAACUACUUCAUUUUCUUUUAUGUCCAAUCCCUUGCCUUCUUUAUCAUGGGAUUUGGGUAUUGUGGGACAAUUGUGCCAACCUCUUAGGUAGGACGCCGAAAAUGACUUCAGGUCAUAGGCAAUGUCAGCAUUAUUCGUUUCAGCAAUUAUAGCUUGUACAAAUAGAAACCAACAAGCAAAGAUUUUCUUUAGGUAGACCAUAAGAAUUCAAGAUGAUCAACUCAGGAAGAAUUACUUCGUUCAUCUCUUGUCAAUUAAGAAGCAAGGAAAUCACAAUACAGAUUGCUGUUAUGGGAAUGCAACACACAGGAAAAGGCGGAGGAAACUUGAGGGACCUCAAUCAUGGAAAACAGCUUUCGAUUGUAUUUUGUGAGAUAGAUCUCUCUUACUUCUUUUUUUCUUCUCUUUAAUUUGUCUUUCCAAUUUGUGGUUGAAUUAGCUGGAAAAGCUAAACAUGUGAA